AUGGAACCUGAUUUUGAUUCAUAUGAUGGAUUUUUGAAAGGAUGUAAUUUUAUGAUUGUACAUGCAAUUAUUGGAUUUGGUUUAGAUUUUGUGCCAUCAACUUUAGUUAACAUUUUAUAUACAAUAAUUAGAAUAUUGACCAAUUACUUUUAUUCUGGUUAACUAUUACCUGAAUAAUAUACAUUUACAAUAGCUGUGGCUAUAGCAUAUAGUUAUUUGAUAUAUAAAAUUGAAUACUUACAUAGAUCAGCAUUUUUAUUCAAAUUUAAAGAUGAUAAUUGGGGUAAAAAAAAUAAUAAUUUGAAGAAUCACUGAUCCCUAAGCUUAUUACAAAGCCCUUUGUUAUUCUAAGGUUUCGUAAAGAGAUUUUACAAUUUUAAUAAAUAUCUUCAAAUAAGACUUAUGGAUAUUUCAUAAAUGA